AUGAACGCGCUCCGCCAGAAGUGCCGACCGAAACAUCAGGUUCUGAUCCUGAAGUGCUACCCCAAACUACCCAAGAACCCGGCAGGCAAUGCGAGCGAGGCAAAGCCGAACGGCAGCGAACUCAGCUACCUUGUCUACUACGCGUCGAGUCGCAGGGCCAAACUCACAAAGGUUGGCAGUUUCCUGGAGAAGCGCACCGCCUCAGAUAUCUACAAGGGCAGGAUAGGAGCAGUCCACGUCACCCUGGGAAUCUUGACCGCCUUCCUCAACUCGUCCAGCAUCUCCUCAGUCGACACCUUCCCCCUGUUGGCCCCUCAUGUCCUUACCAUCCUGCAAGAAGUGCUGGGCCACUCCAACGAUACCGGUCUGAUUGAAGCAUGUCUCCCCGUGUGGGACGCUUUCUGUCGUGAUCAGGACCAUGCUACGCUCGCCGCCGACGUUCAAUACCGCCAGCAAUUUGCCGAUGUCGUCAAGAGAUGGACAACAUAUGCCGACAAGAAGAACAAGGAGGCUGGUGGAUCCAGCGAUGCUCUCAAGCUACGCAAAACUGGUCUCGAGGCAUUGCGCAGUAUCGCCAAAGCACAAGCCCUUGCCAGCGAGCCAGGUCGCCAAAUCGCCGUCUUCCUACCCGCCGUUCUACGCAACCUCUACUCGCAGGAUGCCACGUACCUGACCACCCUCGACGAGCGAUUGACCGAGCAAAAGCAUGCUCAGCAAGGACUACGUCCCAGCAUGCAGACCAUCCGCAGUACAAACACAAAAGAGGAAGGAGACCCCCGUGCUGCUGGAGGCACUGCUCAAGAGGCUGAUCGUUUUGCCGAGGAAGAGGCUGGUGUACUGGCUAUGCAAUGCUUCAAGGCAUUAUUCGACGUUGACAAUCGUGCCCAAGUCCGAUUGGCAACUUUGAGUAUGCUUGAAUACAUCUCUCAACAUAACGCUGGUCAUGCCUGGUCUGUUGCUCUGGUCAAGCUGGCAUGCGAAUGCACUCCUGUCCAGGAUCGCUUUGUUGUCUUGUUCACUGCUGUCGAUAUUCUGAUCCACAGCCCUAUCGUUGAGGAUUCUCUCCAGCAACAAAUUGUCCUAGCUGUCAUUGUCGAGCAGAUCCUUGGCUCCAACAUCAACCUGAUAGGCUUGUCAGUCAUGGACAUCCUGCUUGGCUUAGUACAACACGUUCUUCUAAUUCUACAGCUUGGUACCACUCAACCCAAUCUGAACGGUUCCAGCGAGAAGCCGAAAUCCCCUGUUAUGGAGGUUGUCAAGACUCCUUCUCCCAUCAGAGUCGAGUUGCUUACUCACUUGCGUCAAUGCAUUGUCAAUCUCGCAAAGCAUGUCUACUACACAGACCAAAUCUCGGACAUGGUUUCGGCCCUUCUACUCCGCCUGAAGCCCGCAUCUGCUGGCUCCAACAUGCCCGCUGCUACCGCAAAUGCUAUCGAGGACCCCACUGGUGCUUCCCACGAAUCUGCCGCUAACAGUGGCUUGAAGGAAAGACCUAACACUGAUGGCUUCUUCUCCUUUGAUACCGCUCGAGAGGUUGCACUCGACUCGGUUAAGCGCAUUCUCAUAGUUGCCAACAGCAACGAUCCUUCGGCCAACGAGUCUACCAAGAACCAGAAUCCUGUCCCCAUCGGAGUCUGGGAGGGUACUCAGUGGCUCCUGCGUGAUUCAUACCGUCCAGUACGUGUGGCUUAUGUAGACGCAUUGUGCACAUGGCUUGACCUUGAAACUCGUGCAUCGGACUCGAAGAUCGAGGAAAAGACGACUUCUGAGAAGCAGAAGCGGGACAAUACCAACGGUAACAACAUGGCCCGCAGAGCAGUAUCUAAUGCAUCAGCACGUGGGCGCGGCUCUAGGAAGAGUCGCUCCUUCUUCCUGCAACUCCUCCAUCUUGCAAUCUAUGAAGAUGCUUUGCAUCUUGCCGAUCGUCCCGAGGCGGAUCACGAGUUCUUGCUUCUGCACUACCUACUUGCAUCCAUGGUUGCCAAACUCGGCAUCAAUGCUGUUCGAUCUGGUCUUCCCAUGGUUUUCCGUCUGCAAGAAGACAUUCAAGCUAUUGAAAACCCCAAGGCCAAAGUUCGACUUGGUAGCUUGGUCCAUGGUUACCUGUGGGCAGUAGCGCAUAAGUUCAACUUCGAGCAUUCCGUCGUCGGCAAUGAAGUGCAAUCCGAAGUUGUUCGUAGACAACAAGCUGGAAUCUGGGUCCAUGGUCUUCAGGUCCCUGCUGUGUCACUGGCAAGAAUCGCAGAGGUGGCCGCAUCUGCUCCUACACAGUUGACAGCGACUACUGUUGAGUCUCAAGCUCUGAAACCCUUCGACCAUCGCGAACAAUUUGUCGAACGCAUUUCAGACACUUACAGCGCAAGCGUCGCUUCACCUCCAGGUACACCCGGUAGUCCCGGACGCAGUUUCUCUCUACCUGCCUUGAACAUUGCACCCAACGACUUCCUGGCCGCUCCUAGCCGAUCCAAGGCUGAUCUUCCACAGUCAUACAUUGAUGAGCUUACAGCAGUCUGGACGAAGGAAGAGCUCCUCGCAACCGUCGCAGCUGCAGCACCCAAGUCGACAUCCUUAAGUGGUUCGCGUGCUGGCACUACGUCUGCACACCCAUCAGGCACCAAUCUUGUGGCCUUGGGUGAUCAUCGCCGUCUGCUCGCCGCUGCAAACACUUUCCCUUACCAAAGUCCUCGCAGCACUUCCGAGACUUUCGGCAAUGGUGGCACAUCGAGAUCUGGCCCUGCGAGAACCGGUACUAGCCACUCACAAGUCCGCAGUCGACUCGUCAGCCGAAGCCCUGCAGGCCGUCGCCCCAGUAAUAGCACAUCUGGCCAUGGCGACGGUGCCAGCAGCGUCACAAACUCAGGAGCCAUGCGCAUCGAAGAGCUGAAGCGCGUCCUCGCCGGUCAGGCACCGCCUUCAUCCGCUAUGUCCAUGCACCGUGCAGGCGCUGGCGACGACUCGAGCGAAAGCAUGAUGGAUGUCGAAGACGGCGAACUCGAAGACGACGCUAGUGAUUAUAGUCCUCCACCUCACCGCCAAGCUACCCAAGAUACUGUGCAAAGCUCGAACACAAUGCAACCACCACCUGCACCUGCUCUUAGACUCAACAGUGGCGAGGUAGUCACCAAUGGCACUUUGCCUUCAGCACCUGUCUCCGAACGAGGUCGUCAAGAAAGUCUAGUCAACAGACCUGCUAGCCGAAGAGUCGCCAGCAGAAGUUCUGCCAGAGGCUUUGGCGGUGCCGCUAGCACACACGGCAAGAAAGACCUCAGAGACUUGUUGUCUUCCAUUGGUACGGAAGAAGAUGUCGAAGGUGGCGAGGGUGUUAGCAGAGCACCGUAUUAG